AAGCAUCUGUUCAAAAUGGCGAUGGGUCGCUCUCAAUUUUUGUGAAGACUUGGGGCGAUCCUUGUUAAAAUACGACAAUCUGUGUUAAACAGUUGUUUAUAAAAUGACUUCUCUUCAUUUUGUUGUUCAACCACUACCGGGAACUGAUGAUCAACUAAACGAAAGACUAGGAGAAGUUGCCGCCAAAUUGAGUCAUCAUGGAUUUACCAGCCCAACAUGUCUGUCUGCACUGAAGAAUCUAGUUAUAUCACAAUGUGUGAUUGGACCAAACUAUAUUGCUCUGCUUCUAGAGAAUGGCCGAAUCUGCCGUGUGCCUUUCACACUGGUGACAGACAGACUUGACCUCAGCAAGAACAAUGAUAACAAAACGAAGCCUAGUAAACCCGAGAAACCAGAGCGGAACCUAUCUCGGAAUGGAACACUGGUCGUGGAGAGCCCCCUUGUGUUGGUGUCAGAUGCUCUAGGAUCAGGCACAGCACAGGCUGUAGGAACAUGGCCAGGUACACGAGGUGGAAGUGGAGGCGUUGGCAGCAGCAGCAGUGGUGCCAGCAACCCCACAUCCCGCAACAACAACCAGCAAGGCUACAACCGCAUGCAACGUACAGUGCAUGUCAGUAGAGGUCGGAGGUCAGGGGUCAUUGUUGGAGCACGUCCUCUUGUACCUGCCUCAGUGGUACCAGAAGAACUCAUAAAUCAGUGUCAAGUAGUACUACAAGGCAAAUCACGAAACCUUAUCAUUAGAGAGCUGCAGAGAACGAACCUUGAUGUGAACAUGGCUGUGAACAACCUGCUGUCCCGGGACGAUGAGGGGGAGGGGGACGAGGAGGACAGCCAGGACUCCUAUAUGCCUGAUGACCUCAUCUCCCUCCUGGACAGCGGCAUGCAUUCCGACCACCCAAGCGUCAUCAUCGAUGCAGAUGCCAUGUUCAAUGAAGACAUGUUUGGCUACAGCUCACUGAGAAGUCGUGGAUCAGGGACCAGAUCCAGGCUAGGUGAGCGGGACAGGGACCUUGACCGGGACCGAGAGAGGGAGUCUAUCUUCCGUAUCCGGGACCGUCGCCGUAUAGAGUCAUCAUUCCGUGAGGACCCCUUGAAGCCCCUAGAUCGAGACAAGUCGGACAAUGUGAGUGGGGAAUCCAGCAAGAAGUCCACAACACCAUCACAGAGCCCUCUCAUCCUUGGAGAAGACUUGCAGUGGUGGUCAGCUGCUAUGGCCCAGGAUGCAGAUGAUCCAAGGUUUACCCACAUCUCUGCAAUGCAUUCGGAACUGGUUGCUGUGGGAUCUAAUGGUCGGCUGUAUGGCUGGAAGUGGUCAGACCCUGAUCCAUACAAACACCCAGAUAACCCUAUCAUCCACCAUGCUAAGACUGCCAGUCUGGGCCUGACUAAUGAGAAGGUGACCGGGCUAUCAACAUGCAGUGUCCGAGCUUCUGUGUGCACCGAAUCUGGCAAGGUUGCGACAUGGAUGGACGAAGCCCUCAACCAGGUGGCUGUGAAGCUAGAACACUCGGCUCAAAUGUUCAGUGAGUUCCAGACUGACAAGAUUGUGUCCUUGCAUACAUGCUCCCUGUACACCUGCGCCAGACUGGAGAGUGGAGCACUCUACUGGUGGGGUGUGAUGCCAUUUUCUCAGAGGAAGCGGUUAUUAGAAAAAACAAGAUCAAAGAAAAAGAAAUCCAAAGAAUCUUCAGGAAACACAGAAAUUGCUACUGGUUCACUGGUAUGUCUGCGAAGUGCCCCAAUGUACCAUGCUGGAGCCAUGGCCUUCACCACGGUUGAUGGUGUCCCCAAGGUGGGGGUGCUGCUGGAGUCUGCAUGGUCCCUGGCAGACACCUGCAGGUUCAGACUGAAAACACAAGUCAGUGAAGCAAGACCAGAUUUCCGGCCAGAGAUCAAAGUCCCGGACAGUAAGUUGGAGAUGCCGCCUCCAUCACCUGCAUCAUCAGUGGGCAGCGAGCACAGCAGCGCCUCCCUCACCACACCCAUGUCUCUCAAGCGCAAGAAGGCUCCGACCCCGUCCCGCGAGGAGGACAAGAAGGAGGAGGAGAGCUGGGCUCUGAAGAAUGUUGUGUUUGUGGAGGACAUUAAGACAGUCCCGGUCGGCAAGGUUCUCAAGGUGGAUGGCGCCUAUGCUGCAGUGAAGUUCCAGGUGAAAGAUGCCGGGGAUCUGUCUGCACCCCUCCCCGGGCGCAGUGGCUGCAGCGGAGGUGGCGGUGGGGGCGAGGACGUCAGUAGCCUCCUACAGGACUGUCGUCUCCUGCGUAAGGAUGAGCUGCAGGUGGUGAAGGGUUCCAGUUCUCCACGAAUUCCAGACUGUUUCCAGAAGACCCCCAAGAAAGUUACAGUGGUGGAGAAUGCACACAUCUUGUCUGUAUCUGUAGACUGUGAUGGUAUCCAUGUGAUAGCUCGGUCCGGGUCCCGCCUCAACUACUUGGUGUACAAUCUCAGCUCCGGCAAGGUGGAGCAGAACUGUCUCUUCCCAACAGAUGCCAGCUCCUUCCUGGGUCUGGGGACAUCGGACAUCAAGCUGCACAACAGUGGCAGUCAGGAUGUGCCGUCACCUCUACAGGAUGGAAAUGGCGCCAUCUACCCUAUGGCUAAGGACUGCUUGGAAGGUAUCCGGGACCCCAUGUGGCUGGAUCUGCCUCCAGUCCGGUGUCUGAACGUCAGAGUACAGUCACUCAGUAACACUGGAGCCAACAUGAAGAAUAGAGCAGCAAUAAUAGCAUUAGCAGUACAGCACCAGACACUAUUGCCACAUAUCCUGCGCUGUGACGUGGACCAGGUGAAGACUAUCCUCGCUGCUGUAGAAGAAGAUGCUAAUUCAACGAGCCGGGAGCAGAAACUCCAGGAAAUUAUUCGUGAACACUGUGACGGAAGUCGUAAUAUCCUCCACACCACUGUUGCCAUGUGUGUGCCAACAUCCAACAAAGACUAUGAUUCAGAUACUCCCCCUGGUGGUGGCAAUAGCUUCAGUUCUACCCUGGAGGCCAUCAAUGCUGUAAGCAACGCUGUGGACGCCCUGGCCUCUAUACAAUCUCGGUCAGGGGACUCCGGCAGUCGAAGUAUGAGUGUUCGUGAGUUGAUCCGUCGGGCAUCUUCAGCAGCAAGGGGUGUGAGUGGCUUGGAAGCUCGGGACCCUGACAGGGAGGAUUCUGGGAUAGCAAUACCAACCCUUAACUGGCCAGCAGAUCCCCCAAGCUAUGACUCCCUGCAUUCUGAUGCUGAGAGACCAAGCCUGUCUCGCCAAUCUUCAAGCAGUCUGCCAGGAAGCCUGAACUCCCUCCAUCUGCCUGAGUUCAGUACUGUCAGCGUCCCACCAGUCCGUCUUGAGGACAAGGAGAGGCGAACCAAUGCUGGCCAGAUACUGAAACUACUGUGUGACUCUCCCCUUUUACAGCCACACCUGGUAGAGCUCCUGUCAUCAAGGAAUGCAGAGGGCUGCACCCCAUUCAUGCAGGCAGUGCGAGGCAGGGCAUACCCUGCUGCCCUCACUCUCCUGGAUGCAGCCAAGAAGAAGGCUACAGAGGAUGUGCCGGAGGUGGACCGUACUCUGCUUAUGAAGAUGAUCUACCCCCAGGGAUCAAGCCUCGACAACUCCCCACUACAGGUGGUGUGCUGUAACGACACCUGCAGCUUCACCUGGACCGGGGCGGAACAUAUCAACCAGGACAUCUUCGAGUGCCGCACGUGUGGACUGACGGGCACCUUGUGUUGCUGCACGGAGUGUGCCAGGGUCUGCCAUAAGGGACAUGACUGCAAACUGAAGAAAACGUCCCCGACAGCGUACUGUGAUUGUUGGGAGAAGUGCAAGUGCAAGGCUCUGAUUGCCGGACAGCAGGGGGCCAGACUCACACUCCUCAACAGGCUCCUUACAGAGACAGAUCUGGUCACUCUCAACAACAGCAGAGGUGAGAACAUCCUGCUGUUCCUGGUACAGACAGUUGGGAGGCAGCUGGUGGAACAGCGUCAGCAUCGGCCAUCACGGACACGGGUCACAACAUCCCGGAAAACUCCCAUGUCAGAUCUAGAUGUGGACAUGCCUGAGCAUGACCUGGAGCCGCCACGGUUCAGCCGCAGAGCACUGGAGCGGAUCCUCAAUGACUGGACAGCGGUCAGGGGCAUGAUUCUCAGUGGGGACAGACAGCAGGGCGCAAGCAACAGCAGCCCAGAUGCUGUAUAUGAAGACCAGAUGUAUCUGGGGAGCCAGAGUGGCACCACCAGACUGGACAAGUUCACCCACUGUCUGCUGGUCAAGUGCAGUGUUGAGAUGUUGGACACCCUAUUGACGACACUGAUCAGGGAGAUGCAGAAUGAGACAAUACCGAAUCGCAAAGAGGAGGCUAAACAAGUUGCCAGGCGAUUCAUCCGCUCUGUUGCACGAGUCUUUGUCGUCCUCAACAUCGAGAUGACCCCUGGCUCCAGCAAGAGGAGGAGCCCAGGCCUAGCGUCGUGCCAGCCCCUCCCCCGGUGUAAGAGAGCAUUCCAAGCCCUCGUGACCAUCAGUGUUGAAGAGCUGUGUAAGAUAGCAGAGUCCCUGAUCACCCCUGUAAGGAUGGGAGUGGCCCGACCCACCGCUCCCUUCUCCCUGGUGUCAGCCAAUGUGGAGGCAGUACAGGGAAGUGAGGAGCUAUUCAGUGUAGACCCACUGCCCCCGCGACCAUCGUCUGCAGACACCGAGGCACCGCCGAUACCAUUCCUGCCGCGUUCCCAGUCACCGCUGCCCCCAAGUCAUCAGACAGGACGGGUAAGGGAACAAGACAUGGAUGAGAUCGUGUCGGCUGAGGCGGAGGAGGUUGAGAUUGUGGACAACAUGGCAGUGGUGGAGGAUGACCAGUCGGAUCAUGAGGACAGGCAAUCUGAACACUCCGACCAUGAUCAGCAGCCAGUGGACCAGGAAGAAGGUCAGGCUGAGAGUGACAUGGAUCUGGAUCUCCUGGCCGAGUCUGAGAGUGACAGCGACAGUAGCCGUAGCAACCAGGACAAUGCCAGCGUACAGCGCAGUGCUGUCACUGCAGCCACUGCAGGAUCUGAUGCAGGUCUAGGAUCUCUAGCUCACUUCUCAGAGGACUCUGGAGAAUCCUCCAAUCAGGAGGACGACUAUGAGAGUGAGGGAGGUGAGAGUGAAGAGCAUGACACUGAUGAGUUUGUCUAUCUUGAUGAGCAGUUGGAACGUCGAAAUCCUCCUGGUUCCCAUGGGCAGCGCACCCUGCAGCCCCCCCAGACGAUGCAGUGGGCUAUUCGUCAACGUGAACCAAGUCUCAACCCAAGGGUACCCACAACCACAGCUACAGCCAACAGCACUGAAGGAGAGCGCCUGAUCCAGCGGUCAGCUGUAUCCCUCACUCAGUCAUCCAUCCCCUCCUCCACCAGCAGGACAACGAGGAGGGUGGGAGCCAGCUCCGUAGAUAACUUCUCAGGUGGCAGUGGUUUGAUUUACAUUGACCCCUCCACACUUCGUCGCACCACUACUGUUACUACAGCAACACCAACAAACCAGGAUAAUGCUGUUACCAUGGCAACUACAGUGGGACAGUUAGCACGAGCAUUUGGUAUUAUCAUUCGUCAGAUAACUGACAUGCUGAACACUCUGCCCACAUACGCUGCUACAGCACCCCUGCCCUGUGUUCUCAAUGUGACGGAGCAGGACGCAGCAGAUUUGCAGUCCUACCUGGAGCGCCACCUCAAGCUUACCUGGGACUGGCUCAUCUCCGUCAUGGACUCCACGGAGGCACAGCUGCGCUUCGGCAGUGCCCUCAGCAACAACACCGACCCCGCCAUGCCCACCCACCCCAACUACUCCAACUACAUGAGGAACACCAGGGAGAGGCCUAACCGAGAUGAGCAGCGCACGAUCCAGACCAUCGACACACGCAGGAGGACUAGAUUCGGGGUCAUUGCUGGCACUGAUGGAAACUCUGCCAGAAGGGACUUUCUCAACUAUGCCCUAUCUCUGAUGCGUUCCCAUAGCGAUGAGCAUCUUGAUAACCUGCCGGUCAUGGACAUGUCAGCACUCAAGCAUGUGGCAUAUGUUUUUGAUGCUCUGAUCUACUACAUGAGGUCAGGUCCCGAGUCUGACCUGGAUGGAGGAAAGGACGGCAUCUCUGUGAACUCAUGGCAGGACCAUGAGGAAACAGAAAAUGAUGACCAUGAUGACGAUAUCUCCAACAGCAACAUUGCCAUGGACUCUGAGAGCUGUGAUGGUGACAGUGACACCACUUCUAAACUAGGUCGGAAGCAUCCGUUUUUCCAACGCUCGGACUCCACUAUAUUCCUCGGAUGUCCCCCUCCAGAUCCGUUCAAAACACCCCUCAUUCAGGCUCUUCCUCUGGCAGAUCAGCCACAUCUACUUCAGCCAAAUUCUCGUCGUGAAGAUUUAUUUGGUAUGGCAAGACCAACAAUAUUACAGCCAAAACACACAGUAGAUGCCAACGCAAGCUCCACAAGUACAGCAAACAGAUUUGAGAAGUUGCCAAUCCAUCUUUCCCUCUCUAGUCCCAUGGAUGACAGCUCGGCCAAUACAUGUUCCAUUGCCACCCAGACUGCUCAGCCUCCGGUCAGUGGCAGCAGUCCAACUGCUGACACUCGGACCGACACACCAGCACAAGCACCUUCAGACGCUCCCAUCAGCACUGGGGUCAUUGUACGACCUAACAUUCCCAGCAUACCUUCAACCUCCUCUACCUUGACCACGGAAAUGCCACCAGUGUCAUCGAUGGAGACUUCCUCCCCAGCUCCUCUCAGUCCCAAUGUGAGCCUGAUGAGGUCUGACCUGCAGCAAGCGAGUGUGAUUGUACAUGCGGGAUCGACACAGGUGUUGCCGCCUCCCCCUCCAGCGGGAUCCAUGUCGGAUGAACAGAGUCAGGAUAUGAUGCCUGUGCCCAUGGAUGUUGCCUCCAGUUCAACCGCAGAACCCUCUACACUGCCUUCGUUCAGUGCUGACCCAGCACCGCCUGUGGAGAGCCCGGUGGAUCUGGUUGGGGCCAAUGAGAAUGUAUCCAACACUGUCGACAUUGAGACUUCAUCAACAUCAGCGUCCAUGUCACUCAGAGCCAGACAACAAAGUGUGAUUGGACAGCAGGUGUCACAUGAUGUGUUGUUGGGGCGAUGGCGACUGACUUUAGAUCUGUUUGGUCGUGUGUUCUGUGAGGAUGUUGGGGCCGAGGUGGGGUCUGUGAUCAGUGAGCUCGGUGGCUUCCCCGUGAAGGAGAGCCGCUUCCGUCGUGAGAUGGAGAAACUAAGGAACUCCCAGCAAAGAGAUCUUACCCUAGAUGUUGAGCGAGACAGGAACUCCUUGCUACAGACCACUUUCAAACAGCUGAAUACUCACUUCAACCGGCGUACCAGCACCACUGGGCCGCCCUUGGCUGUUCACAGGGUCAAGGUCACAUUCAAGGAUGAGCCCGGUGAAGGGUCAGGGGUUGCCAGGAGCUUCUAUACAGCAAUAGCCCAUGCCGUGUUGUCCCAGGAGAAGCUGCCUGCCUUGGAUGGGAUCCUUGUUGGAGGAGGGAAGAGCUUCCAAUACAAUCUUAUACAACGAUUAAGAUCCCGAGAGCGUGAAAGAGAACGACAGAGGUCGGCCAUGCAGCGACAGAGAAGUAGAGACCGUGAACCACGUAGAACCUUGUCAUACGAUGCCCCGCCCUUCUACAUGCCCACCGAUGCUGCCAGUAGUGGGUCAGGUGGUGGCAGCACAAGUGGGGUGGGGAGCAGUGCUGGAGGGGGUAGCUCCAGUGCCAGUGGGGGAAGCAGCGGCAGUGCUGGCAGCAGUGACCCCCCGGCAGAGGGUGGAGACACCAUCUCACAGUACAGGAGGCAGUUGGGGGAGAGGCUGUACCCCAAGGUCAGGUUGCUGCAACCGUCACUGGCUGCCAAGAUCACUGGCAUGUUGCUGGAGCUGUCCCCAGCACAGCUGUUGCUGCUGUUGGCGUCGGAGGAGUCCCUGCGGCAACGUGUUGACGAAGCUGUCGACAUCAUAAUGUCACAUGGCAGGGAGAUGAGUGCUGAGACGCUGCUGGACCUGGACAUCUUCAACUUGUCCUCUGACAAGACAAAGAAAGGUGGAAGUGGAUCAGACCGCCGGAGUGAUGGAGAGGAAGAGGAAGACUUGGAGGAUAAUGCCCCGUUGCUAUGGCAACCUGGAAAACAUGGCUAUUAUUCACCUCGACCUGGAAAGAACACUCCAGAGAGGCUUAACGCAUUUAGGAAUAUUGGCAGAGUCAUCGGUCUGUGCCUGCUACAGAAUGAGAUCUGCCCCAUAUUUUUCAAUCGCCAUGUCCUUAAGUAUGUGCUAGGCCGGAAGAUUGGCUGGCAUGACCUGGCCUUCUUUGACCCAGAGAUCUACGAGAGCCUGCGUACACUGCUGGAAGAUUCAGAAACCAAGGACGCCUCGCUCAUGUUCACAACUCUUGACCUGAACUUCUGUGUGGAGCUCUGUGCUGAAGAGGGCGGGGAACAGCUGGAGUUGAUAUCAGGAGGUGCUGACAUUGAAGUAAACGCCCAGAAUGUCCAUGACUAUGUUCGCAAGUAUGCCGAGUAUAGAAUGGUCAAAGUUGCCGAGAAAAGUCUUCGGCACAUCAAAGCAGGCGUGUUUGAUGUGAUACCACAGAACUCACUGGAAGGUCUAACUUCGGAAGAUCUACGGCUGCUCCUCAAUGGUGUUGGUGAUAUCGAUGUACAAACUCUCAUCGGAUACACCAGCUUUAACGAUGAGAGUGGUGAAAGUGCUGAACGGGUCCAGCGUUUCAAGAGGUGGUUGUGGUCAGUGGUGGAGAAGAUGACCAACCAAGAGCGGCAGGACCUGGUCUACUUCUGGACAUCCAGCCCUGCCCUGCCGGCCAGUGAGGAAGGCUUCCAGCCCAUGCCCAGCAUCACCAUCCGACCUGCUGAUGAUGACCAUCUCCCCACAGCCAACACCUGCAUCUCCCGGCUAUAUAUCCCCCUCUACUCAACCAAAGUCAUUCUCAGAGCCAAGCUCCUGAUGGCCAUCAAGACAAAAGCAUUUGGGUUUGUCUGAUCAUUGGAUCUAAGUGUAUUAGCUACAAGAUUGUGCAAGUGGCUUCAAAACCUGUAUUGAAAAGGCUGGAAGCGCACACACACUUGGCAUAGAUAUGUCAAACGCUGUCAUGGAAUUUGGAUGGCUUCAGGGGAGGAGAGGAUGGUAAAGGGAGGUAACCUUGUGUUGCAAACAUGGAUGAUGGCAAGGUGAACUCUGUGAAUUUGUGCCAAUAUUAAUUUUCUUGACAGACUGAACUGGGUUGCCAUGUUUGAAGUCAUGGAUAGUCAUGGAACAAACUCUUGAUCAAUCUGGUGAGACCAAACUUUAUCGUAUUUAUAAUGUCUAUGUCUAACAAGGGCAAUACAAUAAUUGGGAAGUGCCUGAACGAAGUUCCCUGCAUGAAUCACUGGGAGGCUGGAGGAAACAACUGCUUCUUCAUGAAUAGAUCCAGAUACGUCAACCACGCUGAUAUGUGUGAAUAUCAAGGAUGCACACCGAAGCCCUACAACUACCAACUUCAACAAAAAACAGAAGUGCAGCUGAUUUAGCUCAAGGACUGUCUAAUAUUAGCUUUAUCACUUUUGUACUAAGUGCAAAGAGGCAUAUGAUUAUCAGUGUUGUGUCUUACAUGUAUAUUGUUCAAUCUCUUUUCCCCAAAUUGCUAAUUCACAUGGAUCUGAAGAGCCAUUUGUGUUGGUGUUUGUGGCUUUGCAAAGAUGCCUAUAUGCACAGUGUGUUUCAGUUGUCCUGCAGCCCAAAUGAUAUGAGACCCUUGACAACAGUGUUGACCCAGGGUUGUAGCAGGGUGUUCAAGAUCAAGCAAUACCGUCACUGUAAAGAACGAAGAGGAUAUUCAGUACCAUAAUGAAUUCUUUGAAUUUAAUGAUGUUUUCAGUGUUCUGAUUGUAUACAGUUUUAUAACAAAAGUCAAAGGGCUUGUGAGUGUAUUUGUGUGAUGUGUGUAUGGUAGAAUGAGGAUGUGGAUUCCUGUGAAUGAAGCACUAAUCAAGGUGUAUGUUUAUACAAAGAUCGUCUUUCAGAAAUCUAAUUUCUUUUUUGAUGUAAAAUAUCAUUCCCAUGUGAUGUGAGAGCAUUUCAGCCCAUGUCUGAAGGUUUUUAUGGAGAUCAUGUGAAGUGAACGUUUCUUGUUAUGAGAAACCUGCUCUUGGAACAGCAGCAUUUGUAGAUGAAAGCAACAGAACUGAUAUGCUCUUAGCUCCUGUACUCUUAUGAUAUGCCCUCCCUGGAAUAUGGUCAUCAGACCAUGCAGAUGUACCUUAGAUAUAUGUAAAGAGAGACUGCCAACAUAUAUCUGUGAAAGCUAGUGUUGUGAAUGUGUAUUAUUGACGGUGCUACCAGCUUGCUAUAGGAUCUCUCUAUGUGAUUUGCCAGGACAUGCAUGGAACUGUUACAUUGGUAAGGGAAGAACCCUGCUGUACUGGCAUUGGUGCUUGUUCUGGUACUUGGAGUACUUCAUGCGCACCCCUGGGACGACAAUCACAAUGUCAGUGUUCAAAGCUUAGAAUAAUCACUCCUUUAUCUGUGUAGCAGGCAUUGGGUGGCUAGAGUAUAUGGCCCAAGGAUGCUCAUUAAGAGAGACACUGCUGCCAUGACCAGACUGGUUAGUGUGUCAUUGAAUAGAUGUGAUUCAUGCUCACACUAUCAACCACUGGUUUGGCCCAAACUCACUUUGCAGGCCACUGUGAUAUAGCUAUGGCAAACUGAUCAUUCAUUUGCUCCUUGACAACAUUUCUGCCAAUACUAAUGAUGUAUCAUAUCAGAAUACAAUUGUUUAUUUACUUAAGGUAAAGACUACUAAUUAUUUAGAGCAGAAGAGACCUGAAAGUGUGUUAAUCAGAUUAGCUAAAUGAUGGUCAUAAGAUGUGUUUCAGCAUCAUGCUGGUGUGAAGUUUCUCUUCCUCAAGAUGGUUUUCUGAACUGUGUGUAUGUGGAGGAAUGUAUGUCAGUGGGAGUGUGCUGCUGGUUGACGCUGAUGUGAGAUGGUACACAGUUGCAUCCUACCAGCCUGUUGUUGUGCCUGUAGCAGGGGAAAGAGGGAACAAGCGCAGUGUUGUAAAUUGUCAUGGUUGGAAUUUGUUUGUAUGUAUGUUUAUUUUCAAAGAUGUCUGGCAAAAGAGAUGUUUCAGACAAGUGACAAGUUUUAUGACAAAACCAAUGCAUUUACUGUUAGACAUGCAUUACCAAACAAUAAUUUGUAUGAUAAAUAAAUGUAUAAAACAAUGA